AUGAUUGCCCUCCCCUCCUCCUCCUCAACGGCUGUCAUGACGGCUCAAUGCUGCAGUCACGUGAAGGCGCGACGUGUCGGCCAACUUGUCGAGGAUGAGCCAGCCAAAGGGGAACUGGCCUCGAGCGACCGAAUUCUGACAACUUUGAGCCGGACCGGCCGAUUCGAGAGCUCAAGCGACCACAUGCAUGGCCCGCAUGUGCGCCUGAAAGGUGUCAUUCCGCUUGCCUCGACUCGACCAAAUCAACAGGUUCACACCGACCGGCUGACUGGAGGGGACCAAAGGAAGCUGCGACUGAGGCAAAGUGGUACACACUUGCCAAAAUACGUCAGUCUGUCUGUCAUUGUGUAG